AAAAACGUCCAGCCAGUCACCGUUUAUGAUGAUCAGAUUGAUGACCUGGUUUACAAGAGAGAUCAGAAAUCCAAAUGGACGCGUGUUCGUAAGGCCGACAAGCAUGAGGUUGAUGACGUCAAGCGGACGCGUAAUGAAGAAGCAUCGGAGAGACUACUAACAUUUAAUAGCUCGGAGUUCACUCCUCUCGUAGACUCAGACGGCAAGCCUUUGCCAAAGUCUGAAAGAAAACCGAAAAGAAAAGUUGCUGUCAUGAUUGGUUACUGUGGAACUGGCUACAAUGGAAUGCAGUUGCAGAACGAUCCCAAGAUUCCCACCAUUGAAAGAGACUUAUACGAAGCCUUUGCAGCCGCUGGUGCUGUUUCCCCAGAGAAUGCCAUGGACAUCAAGAAGUCUGGUUUCAUGAGAGCUGCCAGAACCGAUAAGGGAGUUCAUGCUGCUGGAAAUGUCAUUUCAUUAAAGUUGAUUAUUGAAGAUCCAGAAAUUUUGGCCAAGAUCAACGAGAAGUUGCCUGACCAGAUCAGAAUAUGGGGCAUUCAGCGUGUUACCAAGUCUUUUGAUUGUCGCAAAAUGUGUUCUUCCAGAGUGUACGAAUACUUGUUGCCUACAUAUUCAUUACUUCCACCUAAACCUAAGACUGUGUUGAGUGAUUUGGUUGUCAAGAAACGUCUGGAAGAACCAGGUGUUCUUAGAGAUGAUGAAGAGGGUGAUGUUUGGUGGAAAGAAACAAGAAAAGCAAUCUUGGAAGAAGGUCCUUUCACUGAAGAAGAACUUGAUGAUGUUCAGAACCAGAUUCAAGAUGAGACUGUUUCCACCAAGACUUACGAUGAAAACGGAUCAAUCACCGAGUUCGGAAAAAUAAUCAGAGCCAUCAAAAACAUUGAAAACAAAAGAAGAAGAGCAUACACAGUCAGCACUGAACGUCUUGAACUCUUCCGCCAAGCUAUGAAGCAAUAUGAAGGCACUCACAACUUCCACAACUUUACUAUUGGAAAGGCUUUCAAGGAUCCUUCUUCUAAAAGAUUCAUGAAGGAAACCACUGUAUCUGAUCCUUUCAUCAUUGAAGGUACAGAAUGGGUUUCUAUUAAGAUUCAUGGACAAUCUUUCAUGCUUCAUCAGAUAAGAAAGAUGAUAGCCAUGGCAGUUCUUGUGAUCCGUACUGGUUGUCCGAUCUCUCGUAUCCACGACUGCUUCUCAUCCACCAAGAUCAACAUUCCUAAGGCACCUGCAUUAGGUUUGCUCUUGGAAAAUCCAGUCUAUGAAGCUUACAACCAGACUUUGCAAAAGAAUGAUUAUGAGCCUAUCGACUUCGACAAGUACGAAGCGGAAAUGGACAAAUUUAAGAUGAAGUAUAUCUACGACAAGAUCUAUGCGGAGGAAAAUAAAGAAAAUGUAUUUUAUGGCUUCUUUGGCUUUAUUGAUACUUUC